AUGGAUCAGUCUCCCCGCUCAAUCGCUGUCCUCAUUGGGAGCACCCGUACUCCUCGGAUAGGGCCACAGGUGGCCAAGCUAGUUCUCUCUCUUCUAGAGCCAGAGGCACGAGCAAAACGGAUGACUCUUUGCCUGGUGGAUGUGGCGAGCUUCAACCUGCCCGUGUUCAAUGAGCCCGCGGCGCCUGCCAUGGUUCCGGCUUUCGCAUCACACGUCCACGAGGCCACAAAGGCAUGGAGUCGGGAAAUCAGCAAGCAUGCGGGGUACGUAUGGGUCAUUCCAGAGUACAACGGAGGACUGGCAGGGGGGACCAAAAACAGUAUUGACUACCUGUACAAUGAAUGGCCCGGGAAGCCGGCCAUGGUCGUGGGCUACGGGAUUAAAGGAGGCCUGUGGGCCGCCGAACAGCUUAAGCAAACUCUACAAGUGAUGAAGCUCAACGUGGUGGAGAAGCUUUCGACCCUCACCUUUGAGGGCGGCGCCGGAGCUGAUCUGACAUUGGCCAUGCAAGGAGAGCUGGGCGCAGCAACCCGAGCCAAGUGGGAGGCGGAAUCCGGACGCCUUCAGGAGGCUUUUCAGGAUCUAAUCGCCCUUCUGGAAGGGUAG